AUGUCUCUCAAAACACCCCCCAAGAAUCCUCAGGCUCAAGCCCUCUUAACAGGCACUCCACUUGAGCGGAAGUCCACUUCUGUGCCCUCGGCUCUUCGCGAAAUCGGCUACCUCCAGGCUCGCAGCAAUAUGUGGCGCGAGAUUAUAGGCCACUACGUUGGUCCGUACGACCCCGAUAAAUUCUUUCAAGAUUUCAUGGAUGUCGGUACACCUUUCCCAAAAAACAUCAUCGCGGACGAUUAUUUCGGCGAAAUCCCGCGGAAAGAACCGAACAUGUACGACCCACUGAUCCAACUUGCUGAGAAUCCCAUUUUGAUGCCAUCCUUUACCUUCUUCAACACGUCCGACCGCUACGACCACCAGUCCCGCGAGCAUAAACGCUGGAAACCAGACAUCUCGGUGUACAAGGCGUCAGAUGCCAGCAUGAUGGAAAAUGCGGAGGACAAGAAGACGACUCACUUCGACAAACUCCAGUUGCCCUUCGAGCUGAAGACUUCCGCUAUCCCUUUCGUCGAUCCACCGGAAAACUGCAAGGGCAAAGCACUUCUUAAGCACCAGUUCGAAAACGACAGCAAGGAAGGGCGACGUGCUCGGGGUCAAAUCGCUCUCGUCCUGGCUGAGAUGUGUGCUCGCCAGUAUCGCACUCAUGCCUUCAUGGUUUUUAUGAACCAUAAGGAAGUUCGCUUCCUGCGAGCAGAUCGCAGUGCAAUCAUCGUCACGGCUGCCAUCGACUACCGAUCCGAUUCACAGAAGUUGGCCGAGUUUCUCUGGCGCUUCUCGCGUAUGACUGACGUCCAACGUGGUGUUGACCCGACUGUUCGACUUGCUACGGAUGAUGAAAUUGUCAAGGCCCAACCUCUCAUGGAGUACCUUCCCCAGGAUGAUAAAGUACGCCAUUUCCGCGUUUUCGAAGUUUACAACGGCGACGGGACCGUACGCGAGGUCAUUGGCAGGGACGGUCCCGCGGAGGCAGACUCUCCCACUGGACGCGCAACCCGUGCGUUUCCUGUUUAUGACCUCAACACCGCCACCGUGAUGUUCCUCAAGGAUACGUGGCGUGCCAACGUAGAUGGAAUGGAGAAGGAGUCAGAUAUUCUCAAAGAGCUCAAGGAGAAGAAAGUUCGCAACAUUCCUAACAUUGUAGCCGGAGACGAUGUUCCCGGCACUUUCCAAACCACCUUGUCUCAGAACUAUGUGAAAGAGUCGUGGAGGGCUGGCCGUGUUGCGGACCUGGUCACACGCACACAUCACCGGUUCCUUGAGGACUUUGUUGGAAAGCAUCUAUGCACCUUCAAGGAUGCCAAGCAACUACUACAAGUCGUGUCGGACGCUUUCGACGCUCAUGAUGAUGCACUGAACCUGUGCGGAAUUCUUCACCGCGACGUCAGCGAGAACAACGUUAUGAUGACGGCAGAUGGGAAAGGUAUUCUGAAUGACUGGGAUCUAGCGAAGAAAGUCGGAAUCCCGGGCGAGGAACCCCCGAAACCGAAGGAAGGCAGCCGCCGGCACCCAUAUCGCACUGGAACUUGGUACUAUAUGUCAGCAUUGCUCCUCCAACUGCCUCGCAAGCUUCAUACCGUUCAGGACGAUCUGGAGUCUUUUUUCCACGUCAUCCUGUACCAUGCCCUUCAAUACUUGUUCCACAACAAGACCAAGGAAGAUGUGGAGCGAAUCAUUCUCCGUGUCUUUGACCAAUGCACCUACGAGCCAUAUCCUGGCCAGUACGUUGGUGGGGAUGGAAAGCAAAAUAUGUUCCUGAAGGAGGCCAUCCUCGACAAGUUCAUUGUCACUUCUAACGCCCCAUUGACAACCUGGAUUCGCAAUGCACUAUACUCCUUGCAAGACUUCUAUAUGUUUGUACUGGUUGCAGUGCAAAGGUACAAGAGAGAGAAUCCGGACACACCUGAGCAGGAUGUACCAAUACCGCUGCCACCUCCUAGCAUCACCCUGUCUAGCCAUGCUCACUUCACAAACCUUUUCAAGAAUGCUCUGAAUUCGCCCGCCGACGAAUGGUCAGACGCGCGGCGGGAGAGCAUUUUUGUCUCCCGCCUUCCUCCCAACACCAAGGCAACAGGGACGACGCUGUUUUCGUCCACAAACACGACAUCCUCGUCGCUAAAACGUCAGGCACCUGUAUGUGACAAUUCUGAUGAUGAGGAGGACGAUGACGAUGAACCACUGUCGAAAAGGAACAAGUCUUCAACUCCGGUCGACACUCCUUCAAGGAACCCAUCUCGGGCUUCGUCGUCAGGCAGGCCAAACCGAAAGGCAUUGAAGGGGGCCUCAUUAGGCCAAUGA